UGUGUGUAAGGCACCGUGACUGGUGUCUUUUUAGACGCUUUUCAAGUUUGUUUUGAAGGUUUUAUUUCUCGGGAGGACGUGUCAGCGCCGGAUAAUUGGAGCCAUAGUAGGAAUACAAAUAAACGCGGUCCUGGUUUAUUCUUUAAUACAACUAGUUAGCUGUCAUGUGUUUUCGGUUUUCUUUUCUUUUUCUUUUUUUAAGAUUAAAGUAAAGUAAGAUUAAAGACUAAAGUAAGUUGUCGCUAACUGAUUUACAUAACAAAAAUGCAUUGAUUUAAAGUCAACUUUAUCUGCGUUUUGUGCCUGAUGUUUUGACAAGCUUCUUAUGGUCGGAGAUGAGAUGGUUGCGAGUUUCUAGAUGCGUAAACACGCAAGCGCUCGAGCUCGGCGUGUUUACGCUCUGAGCUGCCCGGAAUAUGGUCCUUCUGAUGUGGAUAAAUCGCAGUAGAUCGCCGGGGGUCCUCUGUCGAGUCCUUGCGGUCGAUCUGAACCUCCUUGACGUAAAUGUCUGUUAAAGUCGAUUAUUUUAGUGCAGUUUUAUCACACUUGCACCCCAGGUGUUAACUUCCACAUGACAAAACCAAACGUAGAACACCAGAAAAACUGCAAAAAAUGAAAAAAGUAGAUCAUUAAAUAAAUAAAAAAUAAACACCAUACUACUCUUUUCCAAUUUUUUUUCCAUUGAAAUAGGUUUUAUUUUAACUGGACCAUGCAUCCAGCACUCCUAGUUGCAUGAAAGCAGCAGGUCGCAUAUCACUCGAGUUCAGUGUGCCUGCUCCCCAAGUCCCAGCUUUGCAUUGAGCAGAGCCCGUGCACAGAUGGUGCAGCAGAGGGAGCCACUUUCUACUGGAGCUUUGAGACUUUUGACCAGCACUGUGGUGGCUGCCAGGCCUCCCUGCAGCCCCCAGGCAGUGUGUGUUUGUGUCGGUCUGCCUGUAGUCUGUGUAUUUCCCUGUCUAUGUUUGGGGUUUUGUUUUUAUUUUUUUUAUGUGUCUGACAGUAUGGUAAUGCUGCCAGCCCUCAUGAUGACUGCCAGUGGAAAUUCAAGACAGGGCUUGCAAUGCAGUUGACACACAAGCGCACAUUUGAGCUCAGUGAAACUUGCUGCUUGCAUAACAUUAAUUAAUAUACUGCUUAACUGGCUCAGAGGAGAUGUUGGCACAGAUUUGAGCAGUUUUUAACUGUAUUAAAGCACAAGUGACUUUACUAAUUUCACAGUUAAAUGUUUUUUUUUUCUUUUUUUGGGGGGGGGUUGUCAAUAAUUCUGUUUUCCUCUGCCAGCAAACAAUCAGAUUCAAAGGAUGAGACAAAGUGACGGUGUUUUUCCACAGCAGUUAAAGAUGCAGUUUCCUUGUUUGACUCCAUGUGAUAUGACAUCAUGCAAAGAGAGAUAUAUGACUGCGGCCGCCUCGCUCGGGAGUUUACCGCUGAGGCGUCGGAUGGAUGAUGAGGAGGAGGAUAUGUCACAGCCCAUCUCGCAACUGUGGGGAACUCCCUUUAGGGGUGUCAGACACGAAGACCGAGUCGCACAGAUCGCAGCCGGACAGGCCCUCGCCGCCGUCACUGCCGCCAUGUCCACGUCGCAGAGCCACAGCAACAACAGCGUCAACGCGUUGCCCUGCAGCUUACAACGGCAGCCUUGCCUACCGUUUCAUGGCUACGCCAGAUUGCGCUUGCAUUUUCCCGUUCACUUUGAUCCCAUGGAAGACCGGGGAGAUAUUGAAGAGGAGGAGGAGGAAGAGGACAGAGGGGAAGACAUUGACAGCGUGGCAGAGAGACCCGAGGAGCUGAGUGUUGAGGUGCAAAUUGGUCGUAAACUACGGGAAAUUGGAGACAAGUUCCAACAGGAUCACGUUGAACUGUUUAUGAGGCACCACAGACAAAACCUGCCUUUCUGGAUGCGCCUUACCAUGGCUCUGUUUGGGUUUUUGUUUCCAAGAGAGGCUGUCAUCCCCCAUCUGAGAGGGGAGCACAGAUGAAGGGACUUCUUCCUGGCCCUCGCCUCAGCCCCUUGCUUCCCCAACAGGAAACGAGGGACUGGACUGGACGGCACUGUAAGAUGGAACACGGGUUUGGAUUUUUGUUUUCUAGUAGAAAACGAUGAGAUGAAGAAGACACUGGUCACCGCUGGACGGAGACUGAUCAACUUUUUUCUUGCUUUUGUUUGUUUGUUUGUUUUUUGCCUCUCCGAGAAGAAGCCAUUCUGUUUGAAGAGAUAUUUUCGAAAUAUUUGUAAGAUUACCUAUUUUGUACAGUAAACUGCUCUUUUAUUUGGUGUUUAAAGUCUUGAAGGACCUCCAUCAGUCCAGGGAAUGCCUUAUUCUCUCCUGCCACAGCACAUAGUCUUUUGCAUCAAGUAAAUCAUUAUAAAAAAGAUUACAUUUAAGAUUAGGCCACUAUGAUGGUGACAGACUGUGGACGUGGACAUUUCUGUGUGCUAAAGAUACUGACUUUCAACCUUGAGGACUCAAGGCACAUUUUUGUUUAUCCUCCCAAAAUAACUUCUCAUCCUUUUAGUGUUCCACAUCGGCUAAUUUAAAAAAAAAAAAGAAAAAAAAAAAGGUUGUUGUGACAUUGUGGCAAUUUAUCACUGCGAUGUCGGUCAGCUCAGAUUCGUAUUUUACCAGCUUCCACUGUAGAUAUAGGAUGCUAUAAAAACCUGUGUCUUUCACUGACAUCAUCUGCAUCUCGAGUACCACGAGGGGCGUAACGGUACACAGAAACCUGGUGUUUGAGACAUGGAUUGAUUGAUCAUCAUUCAUUUAAACAAAUCAUGAAAGGCAACAGUGCAAUUUCAUUUGACAGAGCUAUUGAAUUUGAGAAAACACCAGUUGAUUGGCUGUGCAAGACAAACUCAACAUGUAGUGAGAGUUAACACAACAUUAAACAUGCAUAAUAAUAUUGCCACAGUGCUUGGCCACAUUUCAAGGCUAACUGUGUUAGCAUGCUGCAGCUACUGGACUAAACCCAGUGCAGUGUUUGGUGCAGCUUGCUUGAAAAGUGUGCAGACAAACAUAGGCUUCACAUCAGAGAGCACACCAAACCGAAGAACUUUCAUGCUGAAGGAACACGUGCAGAACGGUAUCGUUACACGCCUGGGUACCACUCAAGCUGGAGGUGACGACAAAAACUGUGCAGAUUCAGACACUGUUUUUGUAACGCAUGUAUACUUGAAUUUAGGUGUACUAGAAAAUAUUUCAAGAGCUGACAUAGUGACAGUGGUUACGAUUUCUGUUUGUGAUGCGUGUUGAAACCAAAUGAGCACAAACAAAGUCAAACAAAUCUCACUCGUGGGAUUACGAUCAGGGAAACGGAAACAAUCAGACAGCUGAGAAGCUUUGGGGAAAAAAUCAUCAUCCCCCCCCCCAAAAAAAAAAAGAAGAAUUCCAGGUUGUAUUUCUCUGGCUGGGUUGACAAUCUGAGUUUUUACCCUUUGCUCCAUCGCUUUGGGAGUAUUUUAAAGGGUGAGCAAUAUUCAAGCCAGUGGACACAGUAACCAUCUUUAAGUUUUCAGCUGUCAAUAAUGAGCAGUAUUUGCAGGCAGACUUCCCCUGAAUACGCCGCUUUGCAAACUUACAGAAACAUUUUGGAGUUACGUUAAAGAGAUGCAUUUUUAUUUUAUUUCACUCCAGGUGCACCAGAUGUGCUAAUACGCAUUAUAUCUCUGUCAGUGGUACAUUCAGCUUCGCUUAGUAGGAACAACUUCUGUACAGUUUAAGAACCAUUUUUAGUAGCGCGAGAGACGCGUCUGAGGGCAGGGCAAGCGCUACACAUCCUCACGUGACACCUGCUACUUUAGUGACACAUUUUACAGCAAUGCAACCACUGUUCCGUCAAUGAAGUCUUUAAGGACUUUAAAUAUGAAGUUAAAAGGACUCAUUUGCUGUAUUUUCUCAGUCUGUUGCAGAUUCAUGUUAUGGAUUUUUGAAGACACUGUCAGAUUUUUUUUUUCUUUCAUUUUUUUUUUCUUCGGGGAGUAGUUAAUUCUGUGACACUUGCGUUGUGCUAAAAACUUUUUGAGUGAGGACACGAUGCCAAGAACUCACUCACUUGAUGCCAGUUAAUCUUGAUUGAUGUCAUACUCAACACCGAACAAGCAAACAUGGUUUUCUUUAAACAUUCUCCAAAGCAGUUUUAACUCAACAUCAGCUUGUAAGUGUGUUUCAGAUUGUCAGGUUUUUGUCUUUGAAUUAAACGUUUCCUGCAAACACUGAACGCUGAGCCAAUUCAGAUAGCCAUGACACUUUUUUUUUUUUGGUCUUCAGUCCAAAGCUUCUUGCUGUCUUUCAUUAACUACUCCCUGUCCUUAACAAGAAAAGUUUCCUUUAGUUUUUUUUUUGAGAGAGAGAUAAUUUAUUCUAAUUUAUUUUAUGUAUAUUUGCCCAGUGCUACUGUAUAAAUGCUAUCUCAGUGUGUACAGUCCUUUUCUUCUCAUUGUUGAGGUGCAUUCAGUUGCGUGUUUGAUGCCUGUGUGUGGGGAGGUUGGACUAAAGCCAUGUGCCUCGUGCGUCCUCACACCAGCGGUGUGAGUCUUUACAAAUCAUGCGAAAACCAGACAAUCAAAUGUACAAAAUGUGCCUUGUGAGUAACCGACCUGCCACAUCUUCACCAUCGACACUUGGCAUAUCUCUCAAAGUCACUGGUCACAGCUCCUGUUUCACUUGGGCUCUGUGAGAUCAACUUCCAGAAAAAUAAAAUAAAAAAAUCAGUUUGACUUCUCACAACAGCUUGCGAGGCACAGGCUCAACCUUUGACAUCUCUCAGCACGAACGGCGAGUUUCACCAUGCAAACCUUCUCAAUAUCAGAAACGACUGUUUGCAAUCAAUGUGCACUGUAAAAAAAACUUUUUAUCGGUAUACUGUAUUUCGCGCCUCUCUCUUUCUACUCCUGCGCUGAUCUUCCCCUCUAGAUGCUUGAAACUUUCUAAGAUCAGUAAAAUGCUGGAUCGGCCUAGCUUGUCUGGGUUUUUGUGCUUUUUUUAAAAAAACAAAACAAAAACAAAUCUGCAGUCUAGUAGGGGUUUACGUUUAUAGGAGGAAUGAGCCACCAUGGUGCCCAGAAUUCUUUUGUGAGAUGGGUAGAGCAUCCACUCAGUCGGUGUGAUGUUUAUCUGAGCCUGUCGUUACCAACCACUGUUGCAACCUUGACUCACGUGAAACAUUUGUUUUAUAUGUUUGACCUUCAGUGUCUUUAAUAUCAAAAUUUUUCAAUUUAUAAAAAAAAAAAAUGUAUAUCCAAGAAAGAGUACAUCUUUACUGUCAAGUGCUGUGAUUUGGUGUUUUUUAUACAUUAGACAUGAAUUUGACUGAGCUAUUGUUGCUAUCUUUAUAAAAGUCUAAAUUUUACCACACUUUUUUUUUUGUAAGAACUAGAACAAGACGACUUUUGCUUUUCUACAAAUGCUUUUUUUUUUUUCAAUGUUGAGGCAUUUUUGAUUUUGGAUAUUGCCAAGUCUGCUCUGUCACUUUCAGUUCAAGGGCUUUUUUCGAUAAUAUGUAAAUGGAGUAAAAAUGCAUGUCCAACAUUCCUGGAAAAAAAAAUCUGUAUCCUAAGGGUUUGAAUGUAAUUUAAUGGAGUGAAAAACCACAGUAUCGCUUUUAAUACAUGAACUGAACAGUGGGACUUAAUUCAGACUCCUGUGCUCGGUUUGGUGCACAGAGUUUGUGUUGUCUUUACAUUGCUUUCUUUAUGUUCAGAGUGGUCUCAAGGAUUUCACAUUCAUGUGUCCUAUGAAGUGAGACCCAGUCCAGAUGUAGCAGUUUUUGAUAAAGCAUUGGCUGUGUUAUCUUUGGGACUGCUCUGUUUCUCCUGAACAGUUUUCAAACAGUGCAGGACAUUGGUGUGAUGGAGGGACUGAAGGAGGAUGGGGGAUGUUUUGUUUUGUUUUUUUUCCUUUUUCUAGUGCAAUAUGCUGUACAUAAGAGCUUGGCUCACAAGAUCUUACGAUUUCUCUCCAUUUCUUUUGUUGUUAAAUGGGUACAUUGCCAUUUUGUUUUUGUUUUUUUCAUUAAAAUUUUAUGGAUAAUUGA